CUCCCUUUGAUCAAGAAUCAAGAUCACUUAUGGACAAACAAAAGGAAUAGUGGAGAGAGAGAGAGUGAGGGGGUGGAGGGAGAGAGAUGAAGAAAAGGGUCCAUUUCACCUUACCUUUGCGGUUGAUAAAGAAAAAUUAAUUACAGAAAGCAACAUAUAAAUAUAUAUAUAAAUAUAUUGGAUGGUGAUAAUGAGGCAACUGGGUUUAGUUUAGACUUGUGAAUUAGAAUAGCAAGAAAGAAACGGUGGCAGUGUGAAUUGGGAUUCAAAGGCUUGAGAGAGAGAGAUAAGGAAGAACUUCAAAAAGGGUUUUCUAAGGCUAACCCUGUGUGAACUGUGAAGUGAAGUUUUAAGGGUUGAAAAUUUAUAUAUAAGAAAAGAAUAUACAGAUAAUAUAUAUACAUAUAGAGAGACCCAGAGAGAGACUUUUGGAGAGUGAGUGAGUGUGUGUGUGAGAGAGAGGGAGAGAUGGUGGGCUCAGGAGGAGCAGAUAGAAGCAAAGAAGCUGUUGGGAUGAUGGCCCUUCAUGAGGCCCUCAGAAGCGUCUGUCUCAACUCAGACUGGACUUACUCAGUCUUCUGGACUAUCCGUCCUCGCCCAAGAGUCAGAGGUGGUAAUGGUUGCAAGGUUGGAGACGAUAAUGGGAGCUUGAUGUUGAUGUGGGAGGAUGGGUUUUGCCGAGGAAGAGUAGGAGACUGUCUGGAGGAGAUUGAUGGAGAAGAUCCUGUCAGGAAAGCUUUCAGCAAAAUGUCUAUCCAGUUAUAUAAUUAUGGAGAAGGGUGGGUACUGGUUGUGAUUUUAUUUUCUUGGUGCAGGUUAAUGGGAAAGGUUGCUUCAGAUAAGUGCCAUAAAUGGGUAUUCAAAGAACCUUCUGAAUGUGAACCAAAUAUCUCCAACUACUGGCAGAGCUCUUUUGAUGCUCUUCCUCCAGAAUGGACUGAUCAGUUUGAGUCUGGCAUUCAGACUAUUGCUGUCAUUCAAGCUGGCCAUGGACUUCUACAACUGGGUUCCUGCAAGAUAAUACCUGAAGACCUCCAUUUUGUGCUAAAAAUGAGGCAUACCUUUGAAUCAUUAGGUUACCAAUCUGGCUUCUACCUUUCCCAGCUGUUUUCUUCAACCCGAAAUACUUCGUCUUCAUCCUCAAUUCCCUCUAAGCAAUCUCCCAUUCCAACUCGCCCGCCUCCGCCUCUCUUAAACUGGGGUCAAAGGCCACUCCAAGCUGCAGCUUCUAUGGUUUCUUCACCGAAUUUCCAAAGCCCAGCAGCUAGACUUCGAUUUCCACAAUCCAAAGAUGAGCCCCAUAUGUUCAUCCUUCCUCAUUCAGCAGAAACCCGAAUGGAGGAAAUGAUGGGAGAGCAUGAAAAUGACAUUAAAUGGCCUAAUGGGCUGUCGUUCUUUAAUGCUUUAACUGGACGAACUGAUGAUGCCAAGCUUUUGUUUAACCCUGAGAGCUUAGGGAACAAAGCAGACCAAAAUCACCAUCCUCUUAUCCUUGAAGGAAAGAAUACGACUUCCAAUCCAGAUGGUUCAAAUAUGCAUAGUGCAGGCAGUACAAAUCCCAACGAGUUCUUGAGCUUGGACAGCCAUCCAGAUAGUGCAAGAAAAAUAGAAAACAAAUUCAAAAGGAGCUUUACUUUGCCUGCAAGAAUGGCCCCAUCAUCUUCUUCAACUUCGGUUGAUCAUCACCAGCAACAAGCUGUUGAGUACAGGAAUUCUGAGGCAGGGAUGUAUCCAGAUGUGAUGGAGACUUUCUUGGAGUGAAAUCAAUCUGCACAAGGCCAGUAUUAGAGGGAGUUGUAUGUAGGAAAAUGCUUCUGUUCACUUUUGCUACUGGGAUUCUUGUGUUUGUUUUCAUGUUCUUUUACUAGUACUUGUGUUCCCUUUUUUUAUCAGUUUACUGGACUUUCAUAUUAUUUGUUCUAGUUGAUCCUAACAUAAGGUUUCCUCUCAAAUUUUCUUUGAAAUUGAUGACUAUAAUAUUUGUGCA